AGUGACCGUGUCCACGCUGUUGUUGACGUUCUUCCUUUUUGCUUCGUUACCGACGGCAACGUCAUCAUUCGUCAUCGAAACGUGUUCUGACCGGUGCUAAUCUGUUCGAGUCUUAAAGACCAUCAAGAGUGUGCAACACUGCAAAUGUCAGUUUUUGCACGUUUCAAUUAAUCACAUUUUCAGUUAGUUGUGUUUAGUAGACAACUAUAGGUAUUCUACUUAGCUUUUCAAAUUCUACCUUGAUGGGACUUGUUUCUCCAUUUUGAAUUUCAAGUUUCGCGCCAAGACCGGAGAGGAUCAAAGUUAUGGAGUGAAAAUGGGACAUGGUAUCGAAUCAAUUAAAAGUGAAGAAAAAAUGGUUUUUUGAACUAUCUGGAGGGAGAAACGGUGCCGGUAGCAACAAGUGAAAUAUCCAGUUCGCGGUGUAUGUAGCCGACGGUUAACAUACUUCUCCCAUGGAUCCGAUUGUUUUAGAAAACAAUGGGAGUGGAAUCGGAGGACAGCAGCAGCAACAGCAUCAACAGCAACAAUAUGGAGAAGUUAAUCAAUUAGGUGGUGUUUUUGUAAAUGGACGGCCUUUACCUAAUGCUGUCAGACUGAGGAUAGUCGAGUUAGCUCAACUUGGUAUUAGACCCUGUGACAUUUCCAGACAGCUGCGAGUCAGCCAUGGUUGCGUCAGCAAGAUUCUGGCGAGAUACCAUGAAACUGGAAGCAUUUUACCAGGCGCAAUUGGUGGAAGCAAACCUAGAGUCACGACGCCGAAAGUUGUUCAGUACAUAAAGCAACUCAAGUCAAAAGAUCCUGGGAUUUUCGCCUGGGAAAUUAGAGAUAGACUCCUUUCUGAUGGUGUUUGUGACAAGUACAAUGUCCCUUCAGUGUCUAGCAUCUCCAGAAUUUUGAGGAAUAAGGUUGGAGCUGCGGCUGCCGCUGCGGCGGCGGCUGCGGCGAUUCAUCACCAUCCUCAUCAUCCAGCUCAUCAUCAUCAUCACCAUCAUCAUCUUUAUGCAGCGGCAGCUGCAGCUGGUGCUGCACUUUGUCCUGUUCCUUAUCCUCCGACUCCUUUUCAUCCGGCGCCACCUUCGGUUACGCAUCACCAUCACCACCAUCAAGUGGGACUGACUGCCUCGGCGACUAAACUUUCCGCACCACCUUCGCCACCGACGUCAUCCCCGGUACCGAUUUCUGUUGGAGGACAUCAUCAGACCAAUUAUGGAAUCCACUGGCCGAGUCCACAUACCGUCCACGAUAUACUCUCUUCUUCGGUCCCAAUAAUACCAAACUCCUCAGGCUCGUCAUCAGCUCUUUGUCCUGGGCUGAACAACAAUCACCACCAUCACAAUAACCACAACAACAACAAUAGCAAUCAUCACAACAAUAAUAACAGUAGCGGAGGCAGUAGCAGUAGUGGAGCUAGCAACAUCAACGAAGACUCCCCACCCAGCAAUUACCAUCCACAUCAUCACCAUCAUCAUCAGCAGUAUUACGCGUCCGCACUUUAUCACCACCAUCAUCAUCGUGAUCAUCCGGGCGUUGCGAUGAAUCUUCCAUCAAAUACUGCCCAGCUCUCAAUUCAAUCAUCCAUGAUGCAGGCUAAUUUAAGUCAACCAGCGAGUCCAUGUAAUUAGCAUGAGUAAAUACAGAACAAACUAGGUCAAAACUAUCCUUUUUUGCGUAGUUAUGAGUAUUCAUCAGGACAGGGUAAAUUUGGAACAUUUUUGAAAUCCUUUUAUUUACCCCUUCUUACCAAAGUGAAGGAUCCUGAUUUGAAAAAUUGUGAAUAUUAAUUAUUUUAAGGACAGUAUUUUACCUCGACUGAGUGUGUGCGAAGUGUUAAGACUUUAAAAGUCAUGAUUAGAUGGUUUUGUGCUCUAAUUCUUUCAAAAGAAUUAAAUUUUGUUUGUUGCGUCUUUUUGGCAUCAGAAAACUUUUUAGACCGAAUGCCAAACAUUUUCAAUGUCUUCCUCAUCUUCCCGCCUGGACUAGUGUUUCUGCCCUAGGGUGGAAAUUUGAUAAAAGGAUGAAAUCUUUAGAAAGACAAUGAGCGAGUACAAAGUUUCAUAAUUAGCGGCAUAUUUUUUAGGAGUAUUAAAAAAAAACCUGAAUUAAGUGCCUCGAACUCUAGUUUCGUUAAAAACAAUGAAUACUCGAGAAGUUUCUGGCUUUUUCCGAGCCUCCAAUAUUUUUCUACAUUUUUUUAAAACUUUACUUCACUAUUGGACAAGCGUCAAUUUUAAAAUGCCAAAGAUUUUAAUUUUGUACAGUUUAGAAUUUUUCUUUUAGUUUCGCUGAACCCUUAUUGUCCUUAAUUGAAAAUAGUGAACUUAGAUGUUUUUGGAUACUUUAAAUUUGUAAACUUUUUAAAUAAAGUUUAGAAAAUUAAAUAUGGUAAUAUUAUUAGCUUUUAAAUUUCUAAUUUAAAAGCUAAAUCGAGCAAAACUUCCCUCUAGUUUCAUCUUCGAAACUAAAGUAAGAACAGAAUGUCGAUUCUAGGUAGUUUUUUCAACAAAAAAUCAUAUUUUAAGGGAAAUCCCUGAUUUUUUCAGCAGAAUCCACAGGAAUACAAAUUAAUAUUGUUAGUUAGUUUUCUUGAAAGGUUCCGAUGACGUCACAAAAUAAUUUUGAGAAAUUGUGAGACAAAUUUGCGUAAACAACUUCAAGUUUAUUUAUUAUCUCAAUUAAGCAUGCCGUGUAAACCUUGAAAGUGUUUGAGCGAAAUGCUUAAUUCAGAUAAUAAAUAACCUUGAAUUUGUUCACGCAAAUUCGUUUCUCACAACUUAGCCAUAUCAUUUUGCUUCCUCGAAAUGCUUGAUUGAAAUAAUAAAUAAAAUUGAAGCUGUUCAUGAACAUUUGUUUCUCAAAAUUGAGCAAUGUCAU